AUGAAUGACAUUGCACAGAAAACUGAGAUUCUGCUUUCUUCAUCUAAACCCGUCCAAAAAUCCUAUGUGCCCAAGCUUCACAAGGGUGAUGUAAAGGAUAAAUUUGAAGCUAUGCAGAAAGCAAGGGAAGAAAGAAAUCAAAGGAGAUCUAGAGAUGAAAAGCAAAGAAGAAAAGAACAAUAUGUUAGAGAGAGAGAAUGGAACAGGAGAAAGCAGGAGAUGAAAGAACUGCUUGGAUCUGAUGAAGAUGAUGACGCAAAAUUAUCUAAAAUAGAAAAAGGUUAUGUUCCAAAGCUAAUAGGAACCGUUAAAGGCAAGUUUGCAGAAAUGGAGAAGCAAAGGCAAGAAGAAGAAAGAAAAAGAAUGGAAGAAGAAAGAAAGCGCAGAAUUGAACAAGAUAUGAUUGAGAAAAGAAAAAUUCAAAGAGAAUUAGCAAAAAAAGCACAGGAGAUUGAUGACUUUAACAAUACGGGAACUGACUCAGCAGCUGAGGAAGGGGAUGAUUCACUGCUAGUUACAGUAGUGCCUGUAAAACCCACCAAAACACCUGGGAAGAUGAAAACAAACUUUGAGAACACAGGAAAGAAGAGAACAGAACAAAGAGAGAGACAGGAUGAAGAAACAAAGCUAAAACAUGAGGAACAAAAACAAUUCCUUAAGGAAACCAAGUGCCUUUCAUUUGUCACGGGUGAAAAUGAAGACAAUGAAACACAAGAGCCUCUGUCUCCUGGUAAGUUGAAAGUAACAUUUGAAGAACUUGAAAGACAGAGACAGGAAAAUCAAAGGCGGCAAGCAGAGGAAGAAGCAAGACAGCGUUUAGAAGAGGAAAAACGUGCUUUUGAAGAAGCUAGACAGCAAAUGAUAAAUGAAGGUGGUGAUGAAGAAUCUGAAAAUUCUGCUAAAGAAUUCCGUCCUGGUAAACUCAGACUCAGUUUUGAGGAGAUAGAAAGACAGAGGAGAGAAGAGGAGAAGAGAAAAGCAGAAGAAGAUGCAAGACGACGCAUAGAAGAGGAGAAAAGAGCAUUUGCUGAAGCAAGGAAGAACAUGGUGCUGGAUGAUGAAUCACCAGAAAUGUUUAAAACAGUUUCUCAAGAAUCUCUCAUACCUGGUAAACUGGAAAUUAAUUUUGAGGAGUUGCUGAGACAAAAAAUGGAAGAAGAAAAGAGACGCACAGAAGAAGAGCGUAGGCAAAAGUUGGAAAUGGAAAAGCAAGAAUUUCAACAGUUAAGACAAGAAAUGGGAGAGCUGGAAGAAGAGUCUGAAACUUUUGAGCUAAGCAAAGAAUAUGAAGAAUUAAUAAAGCUAAAAAGAAGUGGUUCUAUUCAGGCAAAGAACUUAAAAAGCAAGUUUGAAAAAAUAGGACAAUUGUCUCAAGAAGAAAUACAGAAGAAGAUUGAAGAAGAGCGAGCUAAGAGAAGAGCAAUGGAUGAAGAAAUAAGGGAAAGGGAAGCUGAAAAAUUUCAAGAGGAUGAUGAGGUAGAUGUGAGACCAGCCAAGAAAUCUGAAGCUCCGUUUACUCAUAAAGUAAACAUGAAGGCCCGUUUUGAGCAAAUGGCAAGAGCAAGGGAAGAGGAGGAGCAGCGGAGAAUCGAAGAACAGAAAUUACUACGCAUGCAGUUUGAACAAAAAGAAAUUGAUGCGGCAUUACAGAAGAAAAGGGAAGAGGAAGAGGAAGAAGAGGGAAGCAUUAUUAAUGGUUCUACUUGCGAAGAUGAGGAGGAUCAAGCUCGAUCUGGAGCUCCCUGGUUCAAGAAGUCACUGAAAAACACAUCAGUCGUUGAUGGCGAGCCAGUGAGAUUUACAGUUAAAAUUACCGGAGAACCAAAACCUGAAGUUACAUGGUGGUUUGAAGGGGAAAUGUUGCAGGACUCUGAGGACUAUCAAUAUAUUGAAAGAGGAGAAACCUAUUGCCUUUACUUGCCAGAAACCUUCCCAGAAGAUGAAGGGGAAUAUAUGUGUAAAGCAGUCAAUAACAGAGGCACAUCUGCUAGCACCUGUAUUCUCACCAUUGAAAGUAAGAGUUAGCAUUUUAAUUCACUUAAUUCUCAAAUAUUCUUCUUGCAUCUUUCCUAUUACAAAAAUCUAAUUAUCUGUUUCUCUUAACCCUUUUAUUUUCUAGCUGAUGACUACUAAUGCUCUACUUUAGCUGGAAUCUUUCUUCCCCUCAAAACUUUCUUAUUGCAUCAUCUCUUUCUCUGAUGGGGCCAACUAAAGAAAGCAAGGAUAUGCAUUGAUUUGUCAUUCCUGCACCGGAUAAGAAUAACCUUCAAAUUGUGAGAGUGUCCAGGUUCCUUGCUCAAAACAAAAAAAGAGUAUUAAAGGCUAAAAGGAAGGAAUCAACAUAUGAAAGAUCAACUAAAGGAAAAAGCUGAAUGAUAAUAGUGCUCCCACAUUUGAAGGCCAACUGUUGUGUAAUAGUAUAAAGCUAAAUACUCAAUCUGGAAACUUGUGUAGUAGUGUAAAUCUACUGGUGUAUUUUGCAUGAACACUGAAUAUUUAAGCUGUUUUACUUUAUCCCAGAAGCAUUGAACUGGCAAAAGGAAAUACUUAUUGAUGAUUUUGAAAAACCCCAGUGUACUAUUUUUAAAGAAUAAAAGAUUAC